AUGACCAAUGCACGGCGGUUUUGUUGGCUCUACGCCAUCAAUGUUCUCCUACUUUCUCUUCUUUUUGGCCAUGCCUCGGCGUUCGCGAUCAGCAAUCUAGGCUCUUCGCCGACCUCAGAGCUAGAAAUUGGCAUUCCUUUAUCCCCUGCUCACCACAUUCUGGGACCGCGAUAUCUUUGGAGCACAAGCGCCUCGGACGAGUUCAACAAGCGUGCUUUGGCCGUAGCCCCACGCUUCGCGCAGGAGGGCGGCGUCGCACGAUGGCCCGACCCAGUGGCAAAUAUAUCCGAGAUCGAGCGCCGGCACCUUCGUCCUCGCGUCAAUGAACCCCCCGAAGAGUGGCGAACGUUGGGCCCGGCGUUUAAGAUGGCAAAUUGCAUCUUUUGCACCGACAAGGGCCGCGGCGCAGUUGAUAUGGAUAGUGCGGAAUCGAUCCUAAAUUUCUUGAAGCCCGAAACCUUCAGAAGGUACAUAAAGGGCGAUGAGACGGCCCUCAGACACACUUGCGUGUUCUAUACGAAGAGCGUUAGUCACGGCGACGGCUUGUCCUAUGAUGCCACAGAAUGGGCGUGUUCCAGCGGUCGUACCCGAUAUACGAUAUGGCAUCUGUUUCCUAACAAACACGACUCAUUGAGUCAUCCCGGCGUAAAUGACUUCUAUGCAGUCUAUAACAAGGAUGCCUGGCUCAAGGCUAUAUAUCUCAAGAAUUUGGAGUGGGAGGCAGGAGGACGAGUGGGGGUGGGCCCGGCCACGCGUUAUUUCCAGCAAAUGUCGACAGCCAUGGCUCAGGCGUGUUCCGGUGACAUUUACAUCAUGUCGGAAACCCCCGCUGAGCUGAGACGGUAUGAUCCCACGCAUGCCACCAGUCUAGGGCGGCCGGGUAAUAUCUUCUGGUCUCACGAGGCACCUACUUUAGCCAGGAAAAGGACCGGGACCAGGUUGAUCGCCGUUGAUGUCAGGACGUUGAAGAUGUGGCAGAUUACUAGUACGAGGACGUGGACUCUUGGGGAGGAGCUUACUGAUGAGCUAGGUCCCGGGAUGGGACGGAUGGGACCUGAAUGGAACGCGACAGUACCGACGGUUCUCACGGAACCUCAAUUGAGAGCUAGGGACAUGUGCCAAUUCAGCGGCCUCGGCUCGCAGCCCCUUGGCGAAGACUGGUUUGGUUGA